AUGCCUGAACGUUCUCUUAAUACCCGUAUUGACCCCAUCAUAAGAGGUCUCUCCGAUGGUGCUAGGAAAUCGGUGGGAUACUGGCUCAUGGGUAUGGCUGGACUAACGUUUGGGGCUAUUGUAAUUGGUGGGCUCACCAGACUCACUGAGUCGGGUCUAUCAAUGGUGGAUUGGCAUCCAUUCAAGGAGGUACCUCCUCGUACUGAGGAAGCUUGGAAGAAGGAAUUCGAAAAAUACAAACAAUUCCCAGAAUAUGAACACGUCGUGAGAGACCAUGGUCAAAUGACCCUUUCAAGAUUCAAGUUCAUUUGGUACAUGGAAUGGUGUCAUAGGCAAUGGGGUCGUCUAAUUGGGGUCGCCUACGCAAUACCGGCUGCCCUCUUCUGGUACAAGGGCUACUUCAACAAAGUGAUGAAAAUAAGAGUUGUUUGCUAUGGUGUACUCAUCGGGUUUCAGGGACUACUGGGGUGGUUUAUGGUGAGAAGUGGACUAAAAACUCCACCGCGUCCAGUUGGCAUGGAUCCCAGGGAAGAAUUCGUUGGAGUUCCUCGAGUGAGCCACUAUCGUCUUGCGGCUCAUCUAUCAACUGCAGCAAUUCUCUACUCUCUUUUUCUGUGGUCAGGGUUCAGCCAUUUGUGCAAGCAUCCGAUGAUAAAAAGGUUCCCCGAAGUCACUAAGCUGAAGAUAUGGGGCCAUUCUUCCAAGGCGAUGAUGUUCACGGCUCUGAUAUUCGGCGCGUUCGUAGCGGGGCUGGACGCGGGACUGACGUACAACUCGUGGCCGAAGAUGGCAGACCGUUGGGUGCCAGAUGACCUGGUAGUGGCUCGGUACGGCUCGACCCUGCGGAACUUGGUGGAAAAUCCCACUGCCGUGCAGUUUAUGCACCGCAGCCUCGCCUACCUCACGGUUGCACUGGUAACAGGCGCGUGGGCGAUGACACUGCGGGUACCCGGCGGGGGAGUAGUGACCGGGCAGCAGUUGCGCAAUGCGGCGCAUUUCAUGCUGGCCGCUACCCUUGGCCAAUCGACCAUUGGUAUCGUCGCACUCUUGCAGUACGUGCCUGUGUGGCUGGGCGCUAUGCAUCAGGCUGGUUCUCUCGUCCUUCUCUCUACCAUUCUUUGGUACACUCACUGCCUCAGAGCUAUUCCUAAAUAA